CUUGGAUUAAUUUUGAGUCAAUCAGGUCCAUUAGAUUUGGAUUUGGGUUGUGUUUCCCGUUGGUUCUCGGGUUUGGAUGAUCCGAAAAGCCUUUCGGAUCUUAAAUUGUUGAACUGCUGACUGUCCAGGUUCAUUCCAGUUCAAGGCGGAGAACAUGAAGAAUCUUUUCUCGAGUGACGUAAAAUCCUCUUAGACGGUUUCUUCAAAAUGACCUUCUUCUCCAAUCACCUCACCGAAAAUUUAAAUUCAAAAAAUCUCAGAAGAAGCGUUACAAGGAGACGAAUGUCUCUAGGAACAGCGCCACAGAUCGCAAGCAACCUUGACAUGGAGGAUGUAGACAGAGAAUUGCUGCAACAGCGAGCACCGAGAAAGGAAACUCACAUACUCGACCUGACGAGUCACAUUGUCGGCAACAUACUCUCCAGACUCCCUAUCAAGUCGAUUUUCUGCUGCAGGUGCGUGUGUUCAACCUGGCGAUCUGUAAUCGCUGAUCCUCUUUUUACUAAACGCCGUUUGGAUAGAGCAGACGAGGACAUAUUUCUUCGAACUGAUUCCUCAAGAAGAAUCUCUGCAUUUGUUCAUUUUGUUGAUAUUGAGAGCAUUAGAACUACUGUGCCUCCUUUAGAUUUGUGCGAUAAACUAGAGACUCGUAUUGAUAUGCGAUUCGCUCUCCCAAACUGCAAUCAGAAAGAUAAAUCAAUUGCAAUGGAAAAACGUAAACUCGAUGUUGUGAAUUCAUGCAGUGGAUUUCUAUGUUUGCGUAAAAAUUCUUUUAAAAGCCCUUCUAUCGUGUGCAACCCUAUUACUGGCGAGUUCGUAAUGAUUCCAAAGCCCAAAAAGUAUCAGACUAUCAAGAGCAUGAUUGUCUCUGGGUUUGGUUGUUGUUCUAAGAGUGACGAAUACAAGGUGGUGCGGCUGGUUUUCCAGGAUUCAGCAACCGAUCGAAUAGCAGAGGUCUAUACACUCGGCACGAAUUCAUGGCGAAAUGUCGGAUGUGCCCCAGAUGACCCUACACAGGGCUCGUCUGCUACCUAUUUGAAUGGAGCUAUUCAUUGGCUUUGUGAUGGUAAAAGUCCAGAUAUCAUAAUGGCGUUCGACAUUGAGGAUGAGCAGUUCCGGGUGGUUCCUCCACCUCCAAACAUUGGUGAUAAGCAGAAAGCUUGUGUGAGGUCAAAUUACUUGACCAUGGGACUGCUUGGAGGAUCACUUUUUGUAUGUGAUAAUACUUCAUUUGGUUGCUUUCACAUUUGGGUAAUGGAGGAUUAUGGUGUACAAGACUCAUGGAUGAAUAAGUUCUCCAUUGAUUUCUACUUGUGCGGUCACUGUCGACCAAUUAAACAACUGCAUAACGGUGAAUUGGUUAUGAUCUAUGAUGCAUCUUCAUUGGUAUUGUAUAAUUAUCUGGGAAGCUCUAUCAGAAUUUUUAAGAUACGUGAGGCCCAGUCUGCAUUGUUUGAAACAAUUGCUCUUACUCCCAACUUCGCUUCACUUAAGCGUGCGAUGGUUGGAGAUUGUUUGGAGGUGCAAAAUGUCAAACCAAGGGGGAGUGAAUCGGAGAUCCUGGAAGAAAUUGAAGCCGUUUCUCUUAUGGAGGAAGUCCCAGUGUUACAUGCGUUAAAAUCUUUGGAAAAUUCAUAUGGAAGCUUAGCAUGGAAAGUGAAGAGGUAUGAUAAAGGGACUAUAAACGGCUUUCAAGAUCAUAGCUUGAAUAUAUAUUCAAGUUGCAAAUGGAAAUAUUUUUCAGUUUUUAUUUUCUUUGCGGUUUACAUUUUUAUUCAAGAAAGUAUAGAAGUUUUUUAGAGAACACUAAAAACUAUAUCAUUUUCAGUUUUUUCUUUCCAUUAGCAACUAAACUAUACAAUUAUAUGCAUGAAAUAGUUUUUACUUAGUUCCCCUCCUAAUUAACAAUAGAAGCUGCAGUGAUGGACUUGUGAAGACCAUGUGAAUUCUCUCUGUCUAGCCUCUUGCAUGUACGUACACUCCCUAACCUUCAUAUGGAUUGCAAGCUGAUUACUAGAAGGCCCAAUACGCACGGAUUGAAUUGCGAUUAUCGGGCCAUUUCAACGACAAACAUCUAAUUUAGGACCCAAACUUGUAUGUUAAAAUCAGGAUUUAAUUAGCUAGCCUACAUGACAGGAUGAGUAAGUUGCAUUAUUUUCUUCUGAACCAUCUUAAUUUUUUUGCCUUAAAGUAGCAUGUUAAGUUAAAGCUAGAGUUAGAAUCUUAGGAUAGUGAGGCCAAUGAAAUAUAAACAAGAUAAUUACCAUUGUGAUUUGAAAAAAAAAAAGUAGCUUACGUUGAAUUAUAAGAUGAUAGUUGACAUUGAAAUGAACACAUACCAAGGAUCUGAGUCUAAUUAGCCACUGCCCAUACAGACUUACCAAUCUCUUGGCAUUACUGCUGAUCAAUUUUUUAGAGAACACUAAAAAAAACUAUGUCAUUUUCAGUUUUUUCUUUCCAUUAGUAACUAAACUAUACAAUUAUAUGCAUGAAAUAGUUUUUACUUAGUUCCCCUCCUAAUUAACAAUAGAAGCUGCAGUGAUGGACUUGUGAAGACCAUGUGAAUUCUCUCUGUCUAGCCUCUUGCAUGUACACCUACACUCCCUAACCUUCAUAUGGAUUGCAAGCUCAUUACUAGAAGGCCCAAUACCCACGGAUUGAAUUACGAUUAUCGGGCCAUUUCGAUGACAAACAUCUAAUUUAGGACCCAAACUUGUAUGUUAAAAUCAGGAUUUAAUUAGCUAGCCUACAUGACAGGAUGAGUAAGUUGCAUUAUUUUCUUCUGAACCAUCUUGAUUUUUUUGCCUUGAAGUAGCAUGUUAAGUUAAAGCUAGAGUUAGAAUCUUAGGAUAGUGAGGCCAAUGAAAUAUAAACAAGAUAAUUACCAUUGUGAUUUGAAAAAAAAAAAGUAGCUUACGUUGAAUUAUAAGAUGAUAGUUGACAUUGAAAUGAACACAUACCAAGGAUCUGAGUCUAAUUAGCCACUGCCCAUACAGACUUUAACAUCUUGCAUGAACUACUUUAUUCUUAUGUCUCACAUAGACACUGUGUCCAUACAGACUUACCAAUCUCUUGGCAUUACUGCUGAUCAAUUUCCUUGGCUUCUUAUAAAUAAACUGUAUGUUAAUCAUUGAUAAUUUCAUGUAAGAUUAUUUUGUUUUAAUUUUUUUGUUGUAGCUAUUAUCCUCCAUUGAGGUAUAUGAUCAUUGCUGCUUUAGAUAAAGAAAUACCAUUUUCUCAAAAGAACAUUCCAUUGUUUA